GGAGAAACCUAAUGGCAAACACAUAACUUGCAUCGCCCAAUUUAGCCAAAAUGGCUUUUCCUUUGCAUGAUGCGGCUCGUGCCGGUAACCUCCAAACAGUUCAUGAACUUCUUGUACAGCAAGCGGAUGUAAACCAGCGAGAUAAGCUGCAUCGAACCCCGCUUCACAUUGCAGCCUGGGCCGGUCAUACGGAGGUACUCAAAGUGCUGCUCGCACAUGGGUCCCAGGUCGGGGCAGCGGCGGUGGACGACAUGAAUGCGCUGCACUUCGCUGCGCAAAAGGGCCACGCGGAAUGUGUGCGCCAUCUGCUCAACGCAGGCCUCUACAUGGACUCCCGCACCCGCAAGGGCUUCACGCCGCUCCACUUCGCGGCGCAGGCAGGCCACGCCGGGGUGGUGGAGCUGCUGCUGCGCCGCCACGCCAGCCCCUCCGCCGCCACCCGUCGCAAUGAGACGCCGCUGAAGCUGGCCAAAGACCCCGAGGUGGUGGCCAUGCUCCAAGCAGCUCUGGAGCACCACCAGCGGACCCGACAGCAGCAGGGCCGCGCAGCAGCACCAGCGGAAGCGGCGGCGGGCGAGGAGGGCGGUGAGGCUGCGGAGGGGG